AUGGAUGAAAUCUGGGAGAGUUUAAAAAGCCACAGAGUGCAAAUAGUCCAGCAACUACGUGUUGAUCGCUCGCUUCUUUUCGAUCAUUUGCGAAGUAAAGAGGUAUUUGACAGUGAAGAUUGCGAACUGGUGAACGCCGAGAAGACAAAAGAACGAAAAGCCAGCAAACUGCUAGACAUUCUGAAAACGAAAGAUUCAGACGGUUUGGUGCACUUUCUUGAUGUUUUGCAGCUGUUAAAUCCAGGGCUUUAUGAGGUGCUGACCGGUCAAAAAGCAACAACAAGUGAGUCAAAGAAUUUUUGUCCUGUUUGCGUUUAUUAGGAGACCUAAACUAAAACGAAAUUGAUCGAAUCAGUAUAGGACUUUUAAAAAAAGUAUAUGUGUUAUUGUAUCGUUUUAUAAAUGGCGCUUUUCCUUGUUCAUUUCUCGAACGUUCUUUAUCAGUCUAACUCUUGUCACAGCACAGCGCCUAGUCAUGCAUUAUUGUUCCUCUUUCCUCCGUUUUGAGGACGAAGUAAAAACAAUCAGCGAAACAUGAUGCAGCAGAUUCAUAAGUAUUUUUUUAAAACGCUUUUUCUAAUCGAGUAUGGAUAUGUUUCCGGAAACAAACGCGUCGUCAUUACCUUACAAAACCGGAAAAUUCUAGCCUUGUUCAUUCAUGAUGUGAAUUUCUGUUUCUAGCUAUAAAACUGCGGAAAUAUUUUUCUUUAGUCGGUUUUUUGAAAUGAUAUGAAAAAGUCAAUAAGAUUUAAAACCUCGAUACCCUACACAACGGGAAGAGACGGCUGGAAACAUAUAUUAAUCCUAAAUGUUUUCACCCUACCGGAUAACUUUUGCUCUCCCAUUCUGUUCAAACACAAGAACGGUGGUUUUGACGCAAUUCCUGUAACGCAGGAAAGUUACUCCCUGCCGAUCUCUUAAGUGGAGCUAGUCUCACAUACGAGAUAGAUGUUGAUACUGGCUAUACCGGAUAGUUUUCCUUGUCGGCACGAAAAGUUUAUCAAGUUAUCCCGUAUUGUGUGAACACAAAUAUAGCAAGCACCAAGAGGGGACAGUGAGCGGAUAAUACUCUCUUGCAAACACAUCUUGGAAGUCCCUUGGGCUUGGCCAGCUAGCUCCCAAGUGUUCACUUACACUAUAAAAACAAACACAUUGUUUUACUGCUUAAGUGCCACUCAUUUUAGCCGGCCUUAGGGAUCCAAAAGCUGAUUCAGCCUCAGUUUCUAUCCAUUUGAGCACAUACAGCGUUGGCCUAAACAGUCUUAUCAAAGAACUUUAACAGCUGUGACUCAUUUCAGCGUGUGGGUUCACAGCACCUUCUACGAUAAAAACUACAGUAAUCUAUUAUAGCUCUAUUUUAGACACCUUUGAAGGGAGAUUUAGACGAAUUUUUUCGUUCUUUGUGUAAUAUAGUUAUUAUCAUUAUUUAUUAUUAUUAUGUCAAUCUUUUCUUCAAAAUUCGCCUUAUUAUCUCUAAAGGCUAGCUGUGCCUUAUUUUUAAUUACCAAGCAAAGAACAUUAGAGAAAGCUUUUUAAGUGUUGUUGUUGGUUUUUUUUACAUCAAACAGGAGAGAAUCCUAUUAUUAAUGAAGUCAGUGGCAUGUGCGUGUUGACAGGUAAAAUAAUCUUUUUAUAAGAAGGUUAACUGUACGACAGGUCACUAAACGUUUCAGUUCUGACCAAACUUGUCUUUCAGGUGUUUUGUUUCGCAAUUGUGUAUUAUUUUCUUGUUGAUACUGAGUUCUUCAAGGACAACCACAACUUGCUGCAUGGUCCCUAAAUACUUUAAACCCCAGAAGUGAUCAGCAACUAACUUCUCCUUAUGAUAUCCAAUACAUUUUCCAACAGAAAGAUAAUGAGAAUAGGCAAAUAUAGCAACCAGAACGUGCACUUUUGAUAUAAACCCAAAUUCUCUUCUCUAGUGUACAAUAAACUGUACAGCAGCCAGAAAGAUUCAGAUUCACUUCAGAUUUUUUCUAUUUGUUGCACUAUUUGAAGAGGUUACUACAAAAAUUACAAUACAUCACAGAAGUAAGAAAAAAAAUUAGAACAAUAAAUUACAUAAAUUAGCAAAGGUGAAAUGUGCGCAGUGACCAAAGAAGCUUAGGCUUUCGAGUUGGUCACCGCCACGUGCUACUAACUGGCGUAGACAUUUAGUCAUUUACGUCACGGCGCCAUCAUUAUGCAAAUCAUGAUGAUUUGCAUAAUGGAGAAUGGCGAAUUGCUAAUCAUAUCUUGGGAAUUUUGAAGUUUAAUCAAGCAUCAAUUAACUUAAUGUGUUACCCUGGCAUCCUAGACCUGGACCCUCAACGUGACAUGGACAUUCUCGGUAACCAUUUGAAAAGAGCUGUAGGGGACUUGCAGGAGAUGACGCUAAGAUAUGACCAACUACUGAAAGAAAAUCAACAGCAAAGUAAGGUUCUUAGUAAGGUCACUGCUGAUCGGGAGCUGGACUUCAAACGUUUACAGACCGUGAAGGAUCAGCUAAGAAAGGCAGUCGAACGAGCAGAGGAAGCGCAAAACACUGCGCAGAAAUUUGAAGAAGACGCUAGUGUUCAGAGAAAAGAGUUCGAGAAAGCCAUGGGUGGCUGGUUUCUUGGGCUUGUUGCGGUGCUGAUGAAACUGGUGACAUCAGAAGAAGAAGCGAAACAAUUAAAAAAGAAGUUAGAAGAAGAGAGAAAAAGAAAUGAAGAGCUAAUGCACUACAACGAGAAAGAAAGAAGGCAUUCCCUUAUUCUUGCAGAGGAGAUAGCCCUACGGCGAAGUAGUUUGGAUCGAACUAAGAAGCUGACGACAAGCUUGCACAAAGUUCAGAUGGAGAAGGACCAAGCGGAAGCGGAGUUCAGUGAGCUUAAAGAAUGGUCUGAAGCCCUGAAAGCCUGCUUUGAUAUCGAGAAGAAGAAUAAGAAGGAAUUGCAAAAGAGGUAUGACAAUCUGUUGGCCAAUUGUUCUCAGCUCAGAAAACAAAUCCGAGAGCUGAAAUUCGAGCUGGCAAAUUCUCAACAGCAAGAGUUGAAUGUCAAAGCACAAAACGACGAACUUACUGGAUUUGUCAAUAAAUACAAGGAGCAGUGUGACUUUCACGGUAAGGAAAUGAUUAAAGCCAUAAACGAGAAAUUUGAAGCUCGAAGUGAAAGGGAGCUGAUAUACCAGCAGUUACGGGAAGCCCUGAAAGAGAAAGACGAAACUCUAAAAAGAUUAGUUAUGGAGACUAAAGAGUAUAACCUUCGUCAAGAAAUGGCCAUCGCAGAAACUCAACGUUUGAAAGAACGCCUCAUGCGAACAGAGGAGGAAUUAAUAUCAUUAAAGAGGAAAACUUCUGUAAAAUACAAGUCAUCUCUGGUAAGUGAUUCCAACCUUUUUCACUGUUGUUGGGCUUUUUAUCCACGUGUUCUCUCCAAGGAAACACUACCUUACCGGGUGGCACAAAAUUUUGGGGGGUUUUGAUUUUUGCGAUUUUUCCAGCGAUCCGCAAAAAUAAGUUCCCGCAAAUAAAAAUUAACGCAAAGAUUUUUCCUCCCAAAAUUUACUCCAGAGUAAAUAUCCUCUAACUUAAAUUCGCUAUUCAAAAAUACAGUACUAAGAAAUCGUGUCUGUUCAAUUAUAAAGGAGUAAAUUAACUGCAAAAACCGUGGACGAAACAUAACGUAAACAUCUGUAAACCUGAAGAAGGCUGGCAUGGCCAGCCGAAAUAUUGUUAUAAAAAACAAUACACGUUGUCUUAAAUCAGCUUUGCAGUAGUCUUUGGACUUCUCGUUCUUGGUUCUGUUCAAUUACAACUUCCCUCAUACGCAUACCGUAGUAUUGUAAUAUGUAUUUCUAUUGCACGUACUUAACAAAAACGAAAAUAUUAUCAAUGCUGGGUACUGGGUAAUUUCAAGAACCAAAACAUGGCUUUUGGUACUUUCUGAAAAUCGCAAAAAUUAAUUCCCAGCAUGAAAAAGCAAUCUGUCCUAAUCGCAAAAAUUAAUUCCCGCAACACACAAAAAAUCACCAAUCUGCAAAAAUAAACACCCGCAAAAAUUUCGUGCCACACAGUACAAUUAGAAGAUUCACAACACCCAGGAGAAAUUGGAAACAAUGGUUAUUCAAAAGUUUGGGGAGGGGAGGGGAGGGAGGGGUAAACAAGGUGCAUUAUGGUAUAUGUUGAAACUAUGGAUUGACCAAUGUUUUGAAACAAUAGAAGGCAAUCAUGAUAUGAUGUCAUAAAGAGGCCACAGGCACGAAUAUCUUUUAUAUGUCAGAAGUAACAAUAAGCUAUUCGACACUUACAAACUACACACUUGACUUUAUGCCCCCUUUAUAUUAUAUUAUUAUUUAUUCUUAUACUUUAUUUUUAGAAAAACCGAAACUCAACAAUGCAGCCUUUACAUACUAGCAGUGAUGAGGAAGAUAAUGAUGAUGACGACGAUGCUGAUGCUGAUGAUGAUGAUAGUGGUGAAUGCACACAGCUCAUCAAGAGCAUUAAAAGGCAGCUUACUUUCGCGUCCCUGAGUCUUUGCCCACGCGACCUUUCUGGGACGGGUCCAGAGAUCAUCUCAUAUGCGCGAUCGUUGUCUCGUCUACCAUGCCAAACCCUCAACCGUCUGCUUUGUCAACCUGGCGUCAACAUCUCUCCUGCUUCCAACCUGUUCGAGUUUGAUUUCUUGUCUUUUUCAUCAGUC